AUGACCGACUCCGAGCCAGGCGAGUCAGACUCGCAAGCGAAUAGCAUGGAGUACGAGGAUGAGGAAUUCAGCUAUGGAUCUGAAGCUGCAGAUUUUGACUUCGAUGACGAUGCGGGUAGCGCGGGUCUACUGAGCGAUCGGAAGGUUCCGGAUGCCAUUCUCGAUGCGGUUGCAGACGACUCCCAUAAGGCACGCUGGCGUAAGUUCCUGCUGGAGUCUUUUGUGGAGAUGCAGAGCGGGCUGACCUGGUGUCCCGCUCCAGACUGUGGAAGGGCAGCAGAGGCGAUGUCUGUCCCAGUGACAGCUGCGCUGGAUGUGAUCUGUGACUGCGGCUCAAAGUAUUGCUUCAAGUGCAAGCAGGAAGCCCAUCGUCCGGUCGACUGCUCAACUGUUAACCUAUGGAUCAUUCGAGACAGCAAGGAGAGCGAGAACAUGACAUGGAUCUUGGCAAAUACCAAGAACUGUCCAAACUGCAAGCGCCACAUAGAGAAGAACCAAGGCUGCAUGCACAUGACCUGCAGCCAGUGCCGGCAUGAGUUCUGCUGGCUGUGCCUCGGGGACUGGAGAAAGCACAACGAAAACACAGGCGGCUAUUACGGCUGCAACAUGUGCGUGGGUGUCUUGUACCAGAAGGCCCGGCAAAAUGGGGAGCUGGACGAGCGUGAGAUGCAGCGUGAACAGGCCAAGCAAUCCCUGGAACGGUACAUGCACUACUGGCAGCGAUGGGCCGAGAACGACCGGGCAAAAGCCAAGGCUCUUACUCACCUGAUCAAGUUCCGUGAGAGGCAGCAGGAACCACUCUCCGAGAUCACAGCAACACCCUCCAGUCAGCUCAAGUUUGUGGAGGAUGCGUGGAAGCAGGUGAUCGACUGCCGUCGCAUCCUGAAGUGGACGUAUGCCGAGGGCUACUACAAGUUUACGAAAGAGGAUGGCAAGAAGGAGGAUCUGGCAGCAGAGCAGCAUGAGAGAUUUUUUGUGUUUAAUCAGGUCUGUAAUUCCAAGGCCUGGCCAAACGUGCAGGGCCAAGCGGAGCACUACCUGGAGCGGCUGCACCACAAGGUAGAGAAGGACCUCCAGGUGUUUCUCACUGUCGAACACAGCGAGACAGCCGUCGAGGAGUGGGCUGUGUUCCGGGAGCAGUUGAUAGGGCUAACAGAUGUCACGAGGUCCCACUUCACCAAGCUGGUCAAUGAAAUGGAGAAGGGGCUGGACCUGGCCCUCCAGAGCUAUGACACAGUGAACCCCAAGACUGGAGGGCGGGGUGCUGAUGAGGCCAGCACCUCUGCAAAGCCCACCAGGGAUGCCAGGGCAGGCCCGAGGUCUGACGCCUACGACCCAUAUCGCAUGACCAUGAAGCACCCCAGGCCCCGCCCGGCCCGCAACAUGCCCUCACAGGACGAGGCACAUGCGUGGAUGUGCCAGCUUUGCACCUACGCCAACACACGCAUGUCGAGCCAGCAGUGCCAGAUGUGCGGCACGGCCCGAACCCAAACCUGA